AUGCGUUCUGUAGCUUCUUUUGUCAGCCUUUCGGCUUGCCUCCUCGCGUCCAGUGUCACUGCCGCAAAUACGCCACUCACCGUCAAUGGAAAGAAGUUCUACCCCCAGGACAUCAUCACUAGGGAUGUAGUCGUCGUUGGUGGCGGUUCCAGUGGCUGUCAUAUAGCGGUCCGCCUGCAGGACGCCGGCAAAUCCGUCAUUGUUGUCGAGAAAUCCCCCAGGCUCGGUGGUCACGUGGCAACUUACACUGACCCAGCAACACGUAAGACAGCUGAGCAGGGCCUGGUGACCUUCCAUAAUACUUCAUACGUCACCGACUACCUCACCCGCCUCGAUAUUCCUCUUGCUCCCAUCUCUUUCUCCUCGACAACCAACUUGGACUAUGAUUUGCGCACUGGCAAGCCCGUCAACCGGACCUACAACCCCACCCAGGAAGAGUUUGCUGCAGGUUUUGCAGGCUACAGCGCACAGCUUGCAAAGUAUCCCCAGCUGAACGAUGGCACGUACCUGCCAUACCCUGUCCCCGAGGAUUUGACCAUGCCAUUUGGCAAAUUCCUCGAAAAGUACAAUCUCACCGGCGCCCUCAUGCAGAUGUACAACUUCAACUGGGGAACGGGCGACUUCCUAUCAAACCCCACUGUCGAGCAAAUGCGAUACUGGGGAGCCAACACGGUCGCAGCUGUCACGACUGGCAGCUUUCUCGUCACGGCUCGUCACAACAGCAGCGAGAUUUACACCAAAGUCGGUGCCGUCCUGGGUGCUACUUCCAGUGUUCUCCUUAACUCCGAGGUUACCUACACCCGCCGAAGUGAGGGAAAGGCCGGCGUCCAGCUCAUUGUCAAGACUCCACAGGGAUCCAAACUUCUUAUUGCCAAGAAGCUCGUCAUUGCUAUCCCCCCCAAGCUCGAUUUUGUUGCUCCCUUGGACCUGAGCAGCACUGAAAAGGACUUGUUCGGAAAGUACAUUGACGCGGGUUACUAUGUCGGUGUGGUCAGAAACACUGGCAUUCCCCCCAAGACUGUCAUCACAAACGCCGCACAGGAUAAGGCAUACAACUUGCCUGUCCUUCCAGCUGUGAACCUCAUGAACCCAACUGCUAUCGAUGGUGUUUGGACCAUCUUCUCGAGCACCCUGCAAAGCAAGGCUUCGUUCCCCUGGGCCGAUAAUGCAGUCAAGGCUGACAUCGUCCGGUCCAUCAAGGCACUUCAAACGUCGAACCCGGACAAGUUCCAACAGACUGAGCCGGAGAUAAUUGAGUGGCACUCCCACGCACCGUACUUUUUGCAAGUCAGCGCAGAGGAGAUCAAGAACGGCUUCUACGCUAAGCUCUACUCCCUGCAGGGUCUGAGGAACACGCACUUUACUGGCGCCGCUUGGCGUGUACAUGACAGCAGCCAAAUUUGGAAGUACACUGACACUCAAGUCCUCCCCAAGCUUCUUGCAGGUUUGUAA